UGUCGUGGAAGCUCUGUAAUAAGUAGGAAAGCAAUAUUUAGACAACUUCUUGAGAGAUCAGGGAGGAUUUGCAACAACCUCAAAGCUAGUUCAAACUAGUGGAAGGUUGUCUGCAGGAAAGAGUAAAAAAUAAAAAAAACAAAUAAACUAGCUAGAUAAUCUUUUGUAUCAAGAAAGAAGGAAAAUUCUUAGUUCAAAUAGCUUAUUAAUGGCUCGAGGAAAGGUUCAGAUGAAGCGCAUAGAGAAUCCGGUGCAUAGGCAGGUUACUUUCUGCAAGCGCCGAUCUGGACUCCUUAAGAAGGCUAAGGAGCUCUCUGUGCUGUGUGAUGCUGAAAUUGGAGUUUUCAUUUUCUCCUCCCAUGGGAAGUUCUACGAUCUGGCCACCAAUGGAAGCAUGCAAGGGCUUAUUGAGAAGUACAUGAAGGUCACCGGAGGAUCACUGCAGCCUGAUGAGCAAGCCAAAGAGUCGACACAGCCUCUAGUACGUGUAAUAAAUAUCUGUGAUGCAAAAGAGGAGAUCAACAUGUUGAAGAAAGAGAUUGAGAUACUCCAAAAAGGACUCAGAUAUGUUAACAGGUACUUGGUUGGAGGGGGAGCUGCCCAUGCUCAAAUGACAAUGGAUGAAUUACUCAUUCUUGAGAAAAAUCUUGAAAUUUGGAUUUGCCACAUUCGCUCAACAAAGAUGGAGAUAAUGUCUAAAGAGAUCCAGCUAUUGAGGAAUAAGGAAGGAGUACUGAAAGCUGCAAAUCAAUAUCUCCAAGAUAAGAUAGAGGAGACUGUUGAGAUUACUAACUUUGAACCAAUGACUCCAUAUCCACUAACUAUACAAAAUGACAUAUUUCAAUUUUAGAAAUAGUGUUUGAUGGGGUUGACUGGCUAUUAGUAUGCAGAAGUCAUUAAUAUAUAUAUAUAUUUGUGAGAUGUUUUGCUUAAGCACUUGAACUUCAUGGGUUGUCAUAAUAUCAAGUUAUAUAUGAAGAAUCCAGGUUGCUUAAUUAUGAGA